AUGGAAGGUUACGUUCAUUCAUCUAUGAGGUCUAAUGACGUCCACUGCGUGAUGGCUCCGCAUACUCCUCGUGCAGUGGAGGAUAAGCCGCGUCGUGCUCUUAUCCGUGCUGUUAUUUUUUGUAUGAUUAUGAUGUGCGUUGAAGGGAUAUGUGGUUUUAUUGCAAACAGCCUUGCUGUUCUUUCUGAUGCGGUGCACAUGCUUGCUGAUGUCUUUGCUCUUUCAAUCUCUCUCUUUGCCGUGUAUGCUUCCUCUUGGAGUGCAACGACGAUAACUACGUACGGCUGGGGACGCGUUGAGGUUGUUGGUGCGCUCUGCUCUAUUUUAACAACAUGGGGCCUUGCGGGCUGGAUUGUUUUUGGUGCAAUCAAACGCACAAUUAUAAUACUAUUGUGCGCCAGCAACAAGAAUAGAAAAAACUGUGAUGAAAUUGACGCGGAACUGAUUUUUGUUGUUGGGGUCUUUGGAUUGUUAAUGAACGUUGUGUUGGCUAUUAUUUUGAGAUUUGGCGGGGCUCACGGACACAGUCACGGCUUGUUGCAUAGCGGUGCAGACGUUCAUGAACACCACCACAGCCUCGAUGCCUUGCAUGACCACAGCCACGAGAUUUCUCAGGACAUUGAAAGCGUUGUCAUCGAAACAGAGUGCGGCAUCGGUAAUUCUUCACACUUUCAGCUUGUGACUUCACACUCGGAAUUCGUGAAUCCGCCUUUGGGAGAUGGUCAUUCGUAUCACUGUGGGUCCGGAAGUAUGAAUCUGCGCGCGGCAAUGCUACAUGUUUUUGGGGAUUGUAUCCAGGCCUUUGGGGUCGUGGUGGCUGCAUCAAUCAUUUGGUUUGGGAACCUUAAAACGCAAGGUAGCGCUAAGAGUGCAAAUAGUUACUACAAUUUAGCCGAUCCCUUUUUUUCCUUCCUUUUUGGCCUUAUCACUAUUUACACGACACGCGACCUUUUCAAGGAAGUAGUUUCUGUGCUCCUCGAGGAAGUCCCCGCUUCCGUGAGCUAUGACGGUGUACGGGAUGCGCUUCUGGGUGUAGAAAACGUCGAGAGGAUUGAUGAUUUGCACAUGUGGUCGGUUGGGCCGAAUUUUCAUCUUCUCUCGGCGCACCUGACCGUUGCGGGAUGCUCAACAAUUCGUGAGGCUAAAGAAUUGGUUGAAGAAGCCGCCAUGCGGUGCAAAAGGUUGGGCCUGGCACACGCGACGAUACAACUGAACCACGUUUCUCGCAUUGAGAAUGGCACCACAACGUGA